AUGGUCGAAGAUUCCAACAUUGCCCUACAAGAAGUUCAGCUAAAUUUUCGAAAAGCCGAAAAUAUUAUCAACACUUUGAAAGAAAUUAUCAGUCGAUAUCGCUUUUCAGAGAGAUUUGAUCUGGUAUGGGACUCAGCAGUCUUGGCGGCAAAAGCUGCCGGAAUCUAUGAACCAACGUUGCCUAGAAAAAGAAAAACACCAGCUCGACUGAAUGGAACCGGAGAUCAUCAUUUUUCAGAGACUCCAAAGGAUCACUAUUGCAAGAUUUCUUAUGAGAUAGUUGAUGCUGUCCUUGUCGGUCUCAAUUCUCGAUUUGAAGAAACGGAGACCUCAAAACAUCUCAUCACAGUAGUAGAUUUCAUUAUCGGGAAGAGUGACGUAUCUCACGGGAAAGAAUUCUUCCGUGAUGACUUUGAGGACUACGGCAGACUAUUUCAUCGAGACCUCUUUUUAGAUCAAGCAAAAGCAAAAAAUGUUACUCUUGAAGACUUUCAAUCGGCCUUGGAUUUUUUGAAAAGUGUUAAUGAAGAUAUUUCUCAGUCUCUAACAAGCAUUAUACCAGAGUUUGUCAAGUUAAUGAAAAUUGUCUUAACUAUGCCUGUUUCAACAUGUACGGCUGAAAGAAGCUUCUCCUGUCUUCGUAGAUUAAAAACUUACUUUCACUCUACGAUGACUCAAGACAGACUAAACCAUCUAGCAGUCUUGUGUUGUCAUUCUGAUUUACUAGAAAGUAUCGAUCUUGAUGUCUUACUUGACGAAUUUAUUUCCAAAAAUGCUAUUCGUAUGAAUACUUUUGCUCUUAUUCACUAA